CACAUGUUUUCCCCACAACCAGCUUCUUGACCGCGUUUUCAUUCAUUCAUCCAGGGAUACCCAGAAGAAGACGUUUUUCGACUGGCAGAGACGUGACAAACUAUCAGGAUGUCGAAUGAAAAGAGUGCACCUGUUGACCGUGGACAGGCUGUGGCCCUGAUUAUCUUUGUGCUCGGUCUAGGAACUCUGCUGCCCUGGAACUUUUUCAUCACAGCAUCUAAGUAUUUCAAUGAACGUCUCAACUCAACUGGCACAUCAGGCACUUCUUCCAAAGACUAUAGCUAUGACAGCUGGAUGGCUUUGCUUUCCCAACUGCCACUGCUGCUGUUUACCCUUCUCAACUCUUUCCUGUAUCAGCGUGUGAGGGAGCGUGUUCGUGUGCCCUUCAGCCUGGUCGGCAUCUUCCUCCUUUUCUCUCUCACUGCUGCUUUGGUCAAGGUCCCCAUGGAGCCGGACAACUUCUUUGCCAUUACUAUGGCAACCAUCUGGUUCAUUAACAUGUGCGGAGCAGUGCUGCAGGGCAGUCUCUUCGGUAUGGUGGGCCUCUUUCCUUCUCGUUACAGCACUCUGUUCAUGAGUGGUCAGGGCCUCGCUGGGAUCUUUGCCGCCUUAGCCAUGCUCUUCUCUAUUUUAGGUAAAUCAGAUCAAAGCUCGGCUGCACUGGGAUACUUCAUAACACCCUGUGUGGCUACUCUGGGGACUCUGGUAUGCUACCUGCUGCUGCCACGCCUGAAGUUUGCUGAUUUCUAUCUGAACAGACAUCAGCCUGAUAAAGUGGAGGAGGUCUUCCUUGAGAGCACAGAAAAAAAUAAAAAGGACCUGGAGGCAAACGGAAAGCUCAGUAAGCAAGAGGAGAAUCAGGAGCGUUCCUCAGUCCUGGCUGUCUUUAAGAAGAUCUGGCUGAUGGCUCUGUGCGUGACGUGUGUCUUUGCUGUUACCCUGUCGGUGUUUCCUGUCAUCACAGUGCGAGUAAGGACUGUCUACGACAAUGCUGAAUGGGGCAAUGUGUUCACCUGUGUCUGCUGUUUCAUUGUUUUCAAUGUCAUGGACUUGGCCGGUCGCACAACCCCAUAUAUCAUCCAGUGGCCGUCGAAGGAGAGUCGUUGGUUUCCUGCCGUCGUGUUUUUUCGCCUGGUCUUCAUCCCUCUGGUCAUGUUAUGUAAUGUCCAGGACUCUAAACUCACCGCCGUCUUCCGCCACGACUGCGCCUUUGUCGUCAUCAUGGCUCUGUUCGCCUUCUCGAAUGGAUACCUGGCAAGCCUCUGCAUGGCCUACGCUCCACAGUUGGUGCGGUGUAAGGAUUGCGAGACAGCUGGCUCUUUGAUGACCUUCUUCUUGGUCCUGGGUCUGGCUGUGGGAGCAUCGCUCUCAUUCCCACUAGGAAAACUGGUUUAGAAGGUAGUAGGAAAACUGUAUAUCUGACAUUUGAUGACAUAUUGUUAUGAAAAGUGUAAAAGCACUUGAAGCUUAUCCUGUUCUUAGUUAUACGUUAUAUCUUUUAUGAGACAUAACGACAACUCUAUAUAAAGUACUGAGCUGUCCAUUUGUUACACUGGCAUUUUAAAGUAAGUCAUGCAGAAUUUCUAAAUGAAUGUUUUACUCUUUGUAAGACAGAGUAAGUAUUUCAGUCUCAGGUAGGUGCUAGCAUUAUUUUACGUGAUUUGUGUCACGUUGAAUACUUCAUUGGAAAGGGCAAUUAAUUUGAGAGACAUUGAUCAAUGCAGCUAAAAUAAAUCAUUUCUCCCUUGUUGUUUUUUAAAAUAUAAAUUAAUAGGACCUUUUAUAUCUUUGCUUUACACGACUGUAUUUAUCUCUCAGUUAUCUGAAUUUUUGCUGGUUUUGAGUGUUUUUUAAAAAUAUUAAUGUUUUUUACCUGAAGACAGUUUAAAAAAAUACUUAAAUUAAAUUAACUAUAAACUUUUUCA